AUGAGCAGUCAGUACGAAUUUGGCUUCUAUGAAAAUACCAUGAAAAGACAACUUAGGGAUUACGAAACGCAUUCAGACAUUUCUUGCAAAAUCGGAUAUAGCGACUCCGAAUCGGAAGGAGUAGCUUCCAUAAAGGACGUACCAUAUUAUGCAUAUAACCAUAAUUUGAACAAUUCUAAAAAGGAGAAAUUAGAAAAACCCGUUUGGAAAAGUAUUUAUGAUAUUGAGGAGACAACCAAAAAUUCGUUUUCCGAUUAUGAGUACAACAGAAAUGGACAGUGUGAUAGUGGAGUGGAGUCGCCAAGGUUUGGAAAUACGUCGGGGGAGGAGGACACAGAGGAACAGUUCCAUCAGAAUGAGGGAGAAGAAUCAUAUGCAGAGGAGGAUGAAGAUGACGAAGAUAUGGAAGGUGGAAAAAUCGGAAAAAUGGCUCCGAUGAGAAAAGUCAAUCAAAUGGAAGACACCGAAGAAGACGAGUGGGGAAAGGAACAAAUCAAGGCAGCUAGUCAUCCUCAAAAAUUAUAUCCACUCAGAAAAGAAGGCGAUCAAAUAGGAUCCCUCCCUUUUAGGCAAUCAUAUGGAAAUUUUCUGAAUGAAGGUACGCACAUUGCUAACCAUCUGAGUUAUGAUUUUAGAAAGGAAUUUGAAAAUAAUAUGUACAACAACUUGAGUGCCUUUAAAAGUACCCAGAAUAAAUAUUCUGUCGACGAAGGUGAUGAUGCGUCCAGGCAUUUCCUCAAACCCAAGACAUUUAAGGACAGUAAUGGUUUAUUUGAUGACUUGGGGGAGGAGAAGUUGGAUAUCGACUUCUUGAGAAGGGAGCAUGAGAAGCUAAUGAAGGAGGGGGCAUCGGUGAAGGCGGAAAAUACUGGAAAAGAGACGAACGUGAAAAACUGGACUAACACUAUCAACGCGGUAAGUGUGGCGAAAAGAUCAAAUGGUUCUACCACACCAGGACAGUCCUUCCACAACCCCGAUGGCGCCAAACAGAAGAGCAAACAAAAUGUUAUAAAAUUAAAAAAAAAUAAUACACACCAGUAUGUUGAAAAUAGUGUAGAUAGGAACUCCACUUUAUCAUCCGGCAACAGCACGUCAGAUACCUACGAACAGGAUUUUGUAGGCAAAGGGAAGGUGCACUUUAAGAGCGAGCAAAUGGACAAGGAGGGUGCUGCAGAUUGGGGGAACCCUAUUGGGGGAGAAGAUGACAACCAUGAGGAGGAUGAGGAAGAGGAGGUGGACGAAGAGGAAGAAAAUGAUGAGGAGGAGGAGGAUGACGAUGGAGAGGAAGACGAUGACGAAGCGGAUGAUGAUGCAGAAGAGGAGGAGGAGGAAGUGAGUGACGAGAUGGAAGACAACACGGACGAUGCCUUCGCACACCAAGCUAAAACCGCCGAUCAUCCAGUGCGAAAACAAGAAAGAGGACAUCCUAAUACGAGGGAGAAAAAUAUCACAUACAAGAAAAAUACUGGAGAAGGAGACGACACAGACCAGAAGAAAGGGGGGUCUACGCCAAGCCGAAGGGAUGCAGAAAGAGAAAAUACACCGUUGAAGGGGGGAGAAGACGAUGAUCGCAUGAAGGAACUCAUUGCGAAACAAAUGAAGUUUCAGUGGUGGAAGGUUCACGAAAAAACGACUAGUCCAAAGGACGUAGCAAUGUCACAGGAGGGAAAUGAAGAUAAGGGAAAUGAAGAUGAGGGAAAUGAAGAUGAGGGAAGUGAAGAUAAGGGAAAGAUAUUAAAUCGUUAUGAAAUACCAAAAGAUAUCUCCUACUAUGUGGAAAGAUAUCAAAGGAGAAAGGAUGGAAAUACUUCAGGUAAAAGCGAUGAGACAAUGAAGGAUGGUAAAGAGGGAAAGGGAGAGUUAAUUGAGGAGGACUUCAUCGAUGGUAAGACUAACCCGCGUAGUUACAUCAGUAAAGGGAAUUUCAAAGUAGAGGAAAUGUAUUAUAAGAACCACGAGAAGGUUAGUAGUUACCCAUUUUUAAGUGAACAAUUUGGGGGAGUGCAUAAUGGAGGAGAUGCAGAUGAUACAGGUGAAGCAACUGGAGAGGCGCCACAAAAUGGAGAUGUCCUCAGCCAAGGAAGCUUCGUAGCCUCAUCCCCCACAGAUGGUAUCAAAAAGGUCGUGCAUAAUAACGAAAUUGAAGAAGGAGUAUUUGAAAUUUUUAAUCCAACGAAGGAACAGUACUCUAAUAAAAGUAGCACGAAAGGAAAGGAAGUACAUACAGGUGUUGACAUUAGAGGGGGUGGUUCAUCAUGUGACUAUUUUUUUUAUGAUGACAAGACGGGGGAGAGAAUUAUUUUGCAGGCAUCACCAGAGGGAAAUUUGAACCGGGAGAAUUAUAUAACUGAUGGGAAUUCUCCCUCCAUGGACGAAAUAUAUGAUAAAAUAAAUGCCCACUUUGGCGAACAUAUGAACAGGAACAACUACAUGCAGAUUAAGGCGGAGGACAUUCAUAGCGGUAAUAAAAAUAUUCGUCCAAGUAAAAUGGGAUCACAGAAUGGGCAAUUUUUAGAAGGAGAGAAAAAAAAAAAAAUGGAUAUCUUCUUAAACUACUUAAAAUGCAUUGAUGGGGAUUCAUUAAAUAAGGCCUUCCAAUACUUCGUCGAAAAUGAGAAUGACGAAAGUGUGAAGAAGCAACUGGAAAUUUGCUUAAUGGGAAAGGAAAAGGAGAGGACAGCAAAUAAAGGUACAUUGACUGAUGCGCAAACAAGCACUCUAGUAGUGAGCAAUCAAGACACGCAAACGGUUAGCGCAAGUUUGAAGAAUGAACAAAUUCAGACGAACAGUAAGGGAGAUAAUAUGGAGGAUAAUUUUAUGCAGACGGAUAUAAAAGAUGUGAACACCAAAUUGUAUGUUAAAAACGAGAUGAUAAAUAAGAAGACAAGUGUGGAUUCUAUUUUUUUUAGAAGCUUAAGCAGGGAUGACAAAAAUAACCCGAAAAGUGAUGCUGAAAAUGGUGAAGAAGUUAUACAAUUUGAAACAAGCGAAAAGAAAAAGGACAAGGACCCUUCUCAUGAUGAGCACAAUCCUGCGGAUAAUAAUAUAAGUCGGGAAGAAUACAACGAACUGAAAAAGAUAAACGAAUUGAAAGAAAAAAUUCUAGAAAAAAUUAAAAAUUGUUAUGAUAACAUGAGCGAAAAUAAUGACGAGGAAGCUGCCAUCCUAAUGCUUCAUGAUAGGAAGGAAGGAAAUAAUUUGUGGAGUUCCAACGGGAUGGAUAAAAGUAGCAAUGGUUAUGAUGAGCGAAGCAAGAAUUGCAGUGCUAAGGGGAAGAAGAAAAAAAGAAGCAAAGGCGUUCUCACGAUGGAAACAUUGGAGUCGAUGAAAUCUUUCGAAAAAGAAAUGAAUUUGUUAAAAUCGCACAACGAAAGGUUAAAAAGGAGAAUUGAAAAAUUGUAUGGAGAGAAGGAGAAGCUAAAAAGUGAUUACGCCAAGAUGGAAAAAAUUAAGGAAAGCCAAGAUAGCCUUUUUCUAGCAACGGAAAAGCAUAUAGAGAAGUUACACGACCAGUUGGAUAAUCUGUCAAGACAGAACGAAAACAUGAAGGGAGAUUUGAAGCAAAAAAAUAUUCAAAUUAUUGCGCUUGAGUCACAAAUAGAUUUAGAUGAUGCAUCUGGAAAUAAUAACGAAAGGGAAGAUUCUAUGGAGGAAUUCGUACAGCAAAAAAUAUGCAAACCAAGCGGAGAUAAGACAAAGAAUAAGCAGCCCUUGCUCGAACUGAACAGACAAUUAGACAAUUUCAAGGGACAAAUAACAGAUAAAAAUAUAAUAAAGGAACAAAUAAACCAGAUGCAAAAACAACUGCACAAUCUAAAAGAUGAUAUUAAAAUGAUGGAAUCUCUAAAAAUGGAAAAUGAAAAAUUGAAGAAAUUGUUAAGUAGGAAAAAUUCAAACCUUAACGAGUAUGAAAAGAAUAUAGAUAAGUUAGAAAGAAAUAUUGGAAUUUUGAACGAUCAUAAUUUUGAUUUGCGUAAGGAAAACACAAAAUUGAGUGCAAAUAUGAUGGCCUUAUCACGUUGCGAUGAGACCAUAACUGAUGCCUUCGACCCAGCGCAAAAGGUAACUCGUUCAGAUGGCAAGGAAGCAUACAAUGGACAAGAAAUAAUCGAUAGAGAAAACAAAAUAAGGGAUUUAGAAUCACACGUUGAUAAAUUGAAGCAAACCAUUUUUGAUCUGAAGGAAGAGAUCUUCGACUUGAAGGAAAAAAACGUCGAGUUGAAGAAAUCAGCCAUGCUGCACAACACUGACGACAUCCAAACGGUACAAUCAGAGGCGGAGAAAAUAUAUGUCGAUAAAAUUAACAUGCUAAAAGGGAAGUUAGAAGAAAGUAAAACCAAAAUUAACAUGCUUAACGGUUUGCUCAAAACGUCGAACAAUCAAACUACUCAGUUGAAUAAGAAGGUCAGGACAAUACUGAAAGAAAAUAAAGCCUGGCAGAAAAAAUAUGAAAAAUGCCUCAUCUAUUUGGAGAGCCUUAAGGAGAAAUAUGAUGAAGAAGUUUUAAAAAUUCAACGAGGCAAAGCUUCUUUCGUUGGGGGUGCUUCUAGGGAAGCGAGUGCGUCACCUCUGUGUAGUGGAGGAAGAUGGAUCAAGGAACAAAAUGGACAGAAUGCUCUUAAUACCAAUGCCUCAAUAAAACAAAAUCCUCCAAAGUGUUUCCAAGGGGAAAUUCAUCCAGAUGAAGAAGUUCCUCUUGAAGAGGAAAAGAAAGGAGAAAUGGAACAUGUUAACAGUGCAGACGCGAAAGGUAAUUGCCCAGGACGGAUGGAUAGUCAUAUCAGAAGAACCUUGAAUCAUAAAGAUGAAGAGAAAGAAAAUGAAAAUGUGGGUAAGUGGUACAAUGUUUCAAAAAAUAAAGGUGCAGAAUCCGAUGGAAACCUUUUCCUUCCCCUUGGUGAGAACUCAAAGGCGAGUUUCAAUUUGGUUCAGAACGAAAACAAUGAAGUUAGCAUAAAUGACAUCUUCGAAAUUGACAACAUCACGAAAGAUAUCCAUCGUAUGUUCUCCGAUAAUGAGGAGAGUUUACAUGUGAAUGGGGAAAAUGGAUCCUACUUCACCGAAAGGGAUACACAUCAUUACACUGAAAAAGUUAUGAAGGCCGAACAUAAGGGCAGAAGGGAGGGAAUCUUAAAAAGUAUAGAAAAAAUAUACGUAGCGAAUAGGAUAAAGGAGAUGAACGAAGAUAUUCAUAAAUAUAUAAUUCAAAGGAAAGAAAAAAUGGACAAACAGUAUGGUACGAAUUUACUACAUAAAGGAGAUACUCAGAAUAAGGGAAACACCCAAGGCGAUUGUUCACAGGGAGAUUACACUAAUUUGUCGCUUAAAGGAAAAGAACACUUGGAUGAUGUUACACAGGAUGAUUGCACCACAACCGAACAGGUGUACUAUCCGUAUGAAAUUCCCCAGUUAACCCAAAGGAACCCUACCGCUGAUAAAAUCAGCUUCACCGAUACACAUGUAGUCAGAGGCACUGAGGAAUCCUAUCUUCUGAAUAACCAUUUAAGAGCCGGAAACGAAACGAAUAUCUCGCACAGCGGCGAAUUCCCAAAUGUGUCAAACAACUCUAUGCAGAAGAGCGAAAAAAAUUUGAGAAGCGUGUUCAGGUAUAAAAUAAACGGUGACGAGGAAGAUGUCCAAAUAGGGAAUUACAUGGGGGGCAAUUACCCACAAAGUAACAAUGGCACAAAAAGCAGGAUCGACAAAACGCAGAAAAGCGGAAUGAACGAAUUGAGGAACUCAAAAUUUGGUAACCAGAUCAUGGACGAGAUUUACACUAAGGAAAAUUUGAAUAGAUUUCCCACCGUAAGUAGACAUAACACUUUAGUAGAUGAUAAUGAAUCCACAAUGAAUCAUUUGAACUCUCUGAGGUAUAAUCCGUAUGAACGUAACAACGUGUCGUGUGGCAUCACCACAGAUGUAAGAAAGUUGGAUAUUCCGAGAGAGGACAUUAGGAAUAACAACCCCAAUAGCAACGAUAAGCCAAAAGAUGAACCAAACGGAAAGGAUGAAAAUAUUAAAAACAGGAAAUCGGAGGCAUGGAUAAUUGACAUCAAAAAUAAUGAAGUGUUCCCAUAUAGGAAGUUGCAGAAUACGCUUCUAACGGAUGAAGAAAUACACGUGAAUUUGGAAGGAGGUCCAAAAAGUGGUAAAAAUAAGGCUCCAAAAAAAGGCCAAGCUGGUCUGAAAGGACCAAAAAAGAAGGAAAAGGUAACCAAGCUCACUCAGAGGGAAGGAAAAAAAAAUGGUGAAAAUAAUCGCAUGAAAAAAAACACAAAUUUUAGGACAUUCCUGCGCAAUCAGAAAUGCACAAAGGGACAGUUAGCCAAAAAGGCAAAGAGUAAUGAAAAACUACACCUACUGGUUAAUAACAUAUCUAAACUAGUUAAGAACAAAAUAAAGGAGGAACUAAGCAACAAGAAUAUUUCUAAGGACAUACUGAACUUUGAGAUUACGAAAAUAAAAAAAAAAAAAAAUAGAUCAAAGGACAGUUUGCAUAAUAAACGGCAGGAUACCACCAUCAUCUUGAGCAAUGAUUCCAUGUCCCUAUCGUCUGAAACACUAAAUGGAACGUUAGAAACGGAAGGCGGUUUGCACAAGUUCGGAAAGGAGCGUAAUGAGAAUGCGACUUCUUCCGCUAGUGAAAGGGGCACACGCAUGCAUGCAAGCACGAAUUCCACAGACAGUUCCAUGGAUAUUAAUUCUGGAAAAAUUGGUGUGGAAGGAACCAGAGAAAUGUGUGAAACGCGUUAUACAAAUGGUCCACAUAUCGGCAAUCCACCGAGACAGCCAAACCAUAAACAUAGCGCGAGUGAGGCGUUUACCGGUAAAAAGAACUCCCCCCUAGUAGGUAAAGAAGAUUAUCUAUAUGACGAUUUAAUGUCCACCAAUUUUAUGUUAAAUAAUAUCAGCCUUAACAAUGCCACGUGCUUAGGUCCAAAUAUGAUUGGCAUCGAACAAAACUUUCCACCAGAAUUAGCCCUUGCCAACAUGAAAGGGGAAGAAGCACUCCACAUGAAUAAACUCCCCAUGAGCUAUUUAAACAAUAUGAACUUAUGUCACAACGCAGAUAGAAAUAGAACAUUCCACAUGGGUCAUAAUAGCUUUAUGGAGAUGAACCCUUUAACCGGUGGAAAGGGCGGAGCUUUCGCUUCGAAACCGUUGGACUGUAACCAUGGCAAUGAGGAGAAGAAGGCAAACAUAAAUAACAUUCCAAUUAAUGGGGAUUUAAAAAUGAACAUGGGGAUGCUUCAUAACGAGGUAGGAGGUCAAAUGGCAACACAUGCAUACUAUGGAGUUAAUAAAGGCGUCGAGAAUUUUAACAAACCGUGGGAUGUAAAUACGAUAAGUGGUGAUUACCAAGGAGUAGGCAGUGUGCCGAUAGGAGGUAUGUAUUAUCCCCCCGCCGCAAACUACGUCAACAGCGACAACACCAUUUUCCAAGUUGAGAAGCUGAACAGCUCCUUCCUUUUCGACAUUAACUCGCUGAGGCCUGAAGCGAACCCCCCAUUUUAUGAUCACUCCUUUUUAAAUUACAACCAGAUGGACAGAAGCAGUGUGAAGGAGGGAAAUGAGGAAUACACGUUACUCAGCAGUGAAGGAAUUCCUAACUUUUGUAAUGAGGAAAAGAGUACAGUUGGUGCAAACUCCAAUAGCAGUCAUGUGCCCCCCCCCAAUUGCAACAAAGCCAUAUCGCAUAGUCAACCGGAAAUAGAUGAUAAACCAUGCGAAGAUAAUGGAACGAAGGACACGAAGGACACUAAUGAUAGGAAUGAUAGGAACGAAUGUGGGAAGAUAAAGGAAUAUUUGCGAGACAACCAGAAGGGGGGCCUCAAAAAUACUAGGAGGUCCAAAUCGGUGGACCUUAAAAAGGUAGGAGUGAGAAACUCCUGGACUAAUGACACCCUUUCCGAGAAGCCUAAAAUGAAGACGCAAAUAUUUAACUACUCAGGAAAUAGAAAAAACGGACUGAGAGAUAUGUCAACAUAUGCUGAUAAAGUUCUUGAGGAUAUGAAGUCCCUCAUCCCUUCGAACGUCAGUAGCAUACUUGAGAAAUCUCCCAGAGGGGGAAAGGUCAGUAGUAGUGUUAACGAACUCGUUCCUAUUAAGUGCAAUUCUAAUGGAAAGGUAAACCAGAGUAAAAACCCCAAUAUGGGUGAUGAAGAUAAGGUAGGUAUAUUGGGCAAAGAAAAUGAUAAACUGCUGCAUUUGCACAAAGAGGGGAUCAUUAUUAAGGGCAAUUCUGUAGAUGCCAAUUUAGACGGUACGACUAAGACAUCUGAUUUGAGCCAUACAUCGCAGGAUACCCUUCCAUCAUUUAGCAUAAAGGAACGAGAAAGGGUAAACUCCAUGAGGAAGUACAAUAUGGAAGACAGCGGAUAUGUGAGGGACAUAAACAAAUCGAAUGAUACGAAAAGGAAUGACUAUUUUUUAGAUGGGGUAAAUAAUGAGGACGUACUGCUAGGCAAACACUACUCUCGUGAUGGAGAGCAAAACAAAAACUUCACUUCGUUGGAAGAAAAGAAUAGUGAUGAACAUGGAAAAGUAAAUACCCAUUUAGGUAGUAACAUGGGUGACAUAGCGUUCUCUGACAUUAGGGACCUUCCCCUCAACACAUUUAGGUUGGAUAAUAUGCUAAAGGAAAUGCACAUAAAUAGUUACGCAAAUAACGGAAGCAAUGUCUUAGGUAAUUCCAUAAUUCCCAAUCCUAGUUUUGUUGAAAACGGAUUGACAUAUAAAAACCGUACGGAAGAAAAACAUCAAUUUCAGUCUGAAACUCGAAAGAGCUUAAGCAGCUUCCGGGAAGCUUUAAAAAAACAAGGGAUUUUGGGUUAG